AUCUUAUCUUCUGUUUCUCUCCAAUCAAAGGUUCGUUUUAGCUUUUUUAGCGGAAUCCAAAAUCUCUCAUGAUUCAAUUCAAUUUGGCGCGAUCUGCUUUCCCGCCACUAAAAAUGGCGGCCAUUCGUAUUUCACCCAUACAGCCGAACGGAGAUUGCAGCAAAGGCAGGAUGCACUUAAUUCCAUGUAAAGUGAAGUAUUCUGGUGAAGCAAGCAUUAAAGAAUAUUUUGAAUCCACAAUUAGAGACGUAAAUGAGAGUUUAAGCGGGGAAAGCGAUGCAAAAGUAAAGGAGGCAUCAUUUCGAGGAAGGCCACUGAAGGGGAAAUUGAUUGAUGUUCCAGAGAAUUAUGAAGGGAUUGUUUUUAAAGAAGAAAGAAAGCCAUAUUCAGAUGAAGAGGAAAGAACGCUCAUACCAAAAUCAAGAUUUGAUGAAUUUCUUUAUUGGAACCUUGACAACAAGCCUACAGAAAAUGACAACAUAUUCAGAGCUAUGAAAUGGAUCCAGAUUGCACAAGUGGUCCAUGGCAAUCAGACUUUGGAAGACCAAGAGAGUGUUCCUGAGCCCACACCUACAGACCGAUGAAUAAAGAGCUUACAACUUGCUUUUUGAGAGCCUCUCAACAAAAACAUGUAUAGCUGGUCAAAUGAAGUGAUUGAAUAAUUUCUGAUGUUUUAUAUAAUUAAAAAAAAAUCGAGUUUUUUGUACAUCGCUGUAUCUGAAAGAGGAUAAUGCAACAUAAUUUUAUUUUGUUGAAAACAAAGUUUGAUAGUAUUUAUAUUUCAUUUAUGUUUAUCAGAUUAUUCCAGUGAUA